CGCAUUGUACAGUCAUAAGGAGCAAUCAGCUUAUUGGCAGCGUGGUUAGAGAGAAAGAAACAUGAAUGCCAUUUUCUUCAUUUAGUUGUAGCGUUGAAAAGAAUCUGUAUAGAAAAAUCUCGAGGGAAAUUAAUAGAUGUUUAGUCUCGUCAGUGGUAUUGCUUCCAAUUUAUAUCUGAUAUUAACGGACGCAAAUGCAAAUUCUUUUCUCAUUCGUCAUCGUUUCAUAUUGAAGCAGCCAUGUAAAAUUGCCACCUUUAAAUUAACUAUGAAAACCUGAACUCAACUCAACUCAACUCAACUCAAUUCACCAUAACUAUCUGAUGAUAGCAAGGCACAAAGGCUUUCAGAGGACACUGGCAGCUAUGCAAAGUACAAAGGUCCCAAGCAAUUACUUCAAGUUAACUCACCCUGGACUCACAAUUUUCCUUGCAACUGGAAUCGGAUUGAUGUUCGUCAUAUGGCUAGCACCGAACAUUCUCUCUCCAACAUAUUUUGGAUAUUUGGCUGAUGCUGUUGCUUUUCUUGGUACAGAAUAUAAUGGGUUUGUGAAGGUUUUAGUGGUGUCUGUAGCAAGCAUUCACUUCACAGAAUCAUUAGUCGGCAUUUGUGUGUGCUAUCACAGGCAGCUUGAUGCUUGGACAACCUUAGCUUGGACAAUGCAAAUCUUGGCUGUUGGUAUGAUCUCUUUACGUUACCUAAUCUGGCCAGAGGAAGAAACACCUAAGGACAAAAAAGUCAAGUAAAAUUGUCCACACCUUAUCAAACUAUUAUACCUGAAUAGACUCUUAAUUUGGACACUAAUAUUCAACAUUGCAGCAUGAACCUUCCUUAUAAUUUCUAAAAUCAUGAACUACAGUAAUAAAAUCUAGUGACAUUC